AUGGGAAAGCCGAAGGGACUCUGCACGGCUCGCAAGCUCAAGACCCAUCGUCAAGAGCAACGAUGGAACGACAAGAGAUACAAGAAGGCUCACAUCGGAACUCGCUGGAAGUCCAACCCGUUCGGAGGGGCGUCCCACGCUAAGGGAAUCGUUCUCGAGAAGAUGUGAGUUCGUUUUUACACGUAGCAGGAUGCGCACCAAGUAUCCAAAUCUGAAUGGACUUCAAAUGCAAUUCUUAAGAUUUUCGCCGAUUAGUAAUAAAUUAUCUGUUUUCAGCGGUGUCGAGGCCAAGCAGCCGAACUCUGCUAUCCGCAAGUGUGUUCGUGUUCAGCUCAUCAAGAACGGAAAGAAGAUCACCGCCUUCGUUCCAAAUGACGGUUGCCUCAACUUUGUCGAAGUGAGUAUUUAAUUAUGAGCAGCGAUAAUAUCUGUUAAUGAUGUGCGAGGUCCAGAGUCACCUUUAAGAAUAGGUAUCUUUUUGGUGCUAGGAUAACUCGAAAAUAAAAUAGGAACUUAUGCAAACGGUGCUUGCCUUAUGCUCGUCUGUUUCACCUCCGUUUCUGACAAUGAAAACUGAAUUCAAAAUUUUCACCAUGAUUUGAAUUAUUUCAUUUACUUUAAUUUUCCAGGAAAACGACGAGGUUCUCGUGUCUGGUUUCGGACGUUCCGGACACGCCGUCGGAGAUAUUCCCGGAGUUCGUUUCAAGAUCGUCAAGGUUGCUAACACCUCCCUCAUCGCCCUGUUCAAGGGAAAGAAGGAGAGACCACGUUCGUAAAUAAUUGUUGUUGUUAUUCCGACAUAAAUAUGUUGGGGUUAACCCGUUUGUCUCAUUUUUCUUUAAGAGUUUCGCACUGAAUUUGGAACAGAAGUGAGAAAAUACAGAUUGAAAGAGUCGGUUUCUGAUCACGUGAACGUGUUUUUCAGCCGAAUACACGUGUACCGACCAUUUACAGAAUGAGAAGAGUCGUGUUGAUAAGCGUUUGGUUACUGGUAGUUUAUGAAGCGAGAAAAUUCGUUUUGCUGGAUCCGGACGAUGCGGACCUUGAAAAUAGCGCAUCAAAUAUAUCGGUAAGGAGACACGAAGUCUGAAUCCGUUUAAUUGGAAAUAGGACAAGGAUGUGCGGCUGAGGUCUUUGAAAAUGGCAAAGUUCCGAAAAUGGUUAAAAUAUGACGUGGAUUGUGAUUUCAUUUCAAGACAAGACCUGGAAGAAAAAAUAUCUCAGGGGAGAUGUCCCCACGAGUCGAAAGCUGAGAGGAAAACGUAAGAGUGGGAAGCUAUCGGCGGCUCAGCAAAAAUUCAGAACGACGACUGCAAAGCCGCCAAAAAGUUUAUUUUUCAAACGAAAAAGGAAACCGGUGUCAAAAGAGGACAGAAGUCUGUUUUCACACCAGAAUAAAGAAAGUGUCGUGAGGGCAGUCGUCGGUGAGUCGAGAUUUCUCGAUAAAAAACGGGAAGAAUUCUGAAGGGAGCAAUAAGAUGCACGAGAUCGACUGGAGUCCUGUGAGCCGGCCCGAAAUGGAACUCGUCAGUGGAUCGAUGGUUACACUGAAAUGCGACGAAGAAAACCGAGAGAAGAAUAGAAAGAAAGGAGAAGAGGUUGAUAAACGGGGACGUGCAGAGAAGAGUUAAGAAAGGAUUGCAGCCAGAAUUCGUCGAAUGGUUCGUAAAUGGGAAAAGGAUGAAACCGAGCUGGUUCGACUGGAGAGUCUCUGUUUCGAGGGAAGGCAAACUGGGUAUUUGGCUGCAGAAUCGGGAAGUUCCGGAGUGUUUGUCUUCAGGAAUUUGGCCGAUUGGAGAAGAAGACAGCGGACAUUUUGAGUGCUUGGCGAACGGACAGUUGAAGGCGUCGGUAACACUCCAGGUGGUCCCAAUGUCGGUGAGCGAUUAAAGAAAGAGAACCCGGAAGACGUGCCUGGUUUGUCAGAAAGUUCUGCUCAACGGACUCCUCAAUUAUCUGUUCGUUUGUGGAGUGUUCGCAGUGGCCACAGUCUCGAUGGGAUGUCUUCUGGGCAAUCGAAAUCAAGAAAAUAAGGAGAUGGAAGUGGACAGAAUGGAAGAGUUCCUGGCGGAAAAUGUGUUCAAAACAGAUGAAAUGGCAAAGGUUUUCGGGCAGAAUCUGGGAAGAAAGUGCCGUUUCAUUCGGGAUAUUUCAGGAGAAAGUUGCGAAGAUUCUAGAGAAACAGGGAGUGAUCGACGAGCGGCAAUUGAUUGAGAACAAGGCAAAGGGUAACCGGUCGACGAUCAUGAUCCUUCUUCAGAAUCCGGAACUUCAGAAUCUGAAUGCCACGAAAACGUACGUUUCUGUUCUGAAGUGUCAGAUAAUAACGGAAUAAUUCAGAUCGACUGAAAAGGCUAAAUCGAGCGAGGAAGGAAAAAAGGGAACGACAACGACGACGACGACAACAACCACAAAUGAAACUGAAGUGGAGACGAAGAAGGAAACGGAAAAAGUGGAAGAAGAGGGAGAAGAAGAAGAAGAAGAAGAAGAGGAUGGUGACGUGGCAUCGAGCUCUGCUUCGAAAGGAUCGAGCACUGGAAAGAGCGGCACGUCGAAAGGCAGUGGGGAUCCGAAAAAGAAGAAGAUGAAGACGAAGAAAGGAACGAAAGGGACAAAGAAAAAGAGCACGAAACCGAAAGGAUCGAAAGGGACCCAGAAGAAAAGGAAAUCAGCCGCCGCACCGAAGAAAUCGAAGCCGACGAAGAAGAAAACGUGA